AUGACUGACGGCCAGGAGAACAGAGGACGCACCUCUGAGUGGGGGGCACCUCCCCACGUGGACCCCUGGACCCCCACUGCCAACCUCAGGAUGCUCAUCAGUGCUGCCAGCCCUGACAUCCGCGACAGAGAGAUGAAGAAGGUUCGUUUUAGGCCCAUUGAGAAUGAGAGAGCAGUGGAGGAUGUCGAGGUGGAUGGCCCGUGCCAGUUUGAUGUGGUGGACGAGGAGGAAGAGAGGGGGAAAGAAAAGCCCAGCAGGAAGCAGAAGAGCCUGGGCCUGCUGUGCCAGAAGUUCCUGGCCCUGUAUCCGGACUAUCCAACUUCUGACACCAUCAGUAUCUCAUUGGAUGAGGUGUCUACCAGCCUGGGGGUGGAGCGGCGGCGGAUCUACGACAUCAUAAACGUCCUGGAGUCUCUGAUGAUCGUAGGGCGCGUGGCUAAGAACCAGUACGUGUGGUACGGGCGGCGGCGCCUGGGGUCCACCCUGGCCGAGCUGCAGGGGAUGGGCAGGCAGCAGCGCUACCACCUGCACAUGGAGCAGGCCGGGGAGGGCGGUCACAGAGAGGGAGCCACCACACACACCCCAGAGGGAGGGGAAGGAGACUCCAGCUGUGUGAGAGCAGAGGACCCCGUAUUCCCUUUAACUUUGUCUGCUUGUCUGUUGCAGCGCCGCAGCACCAGGAAAGACAAGUCCCUACGCAUCAUGAGUCAGAAGUUUGUCAUGCUCUUCCUGGUGUCCAGGACCCAGCCGGUCACUCUGGACGUGGCCGCCAAAAUCCUCAUCGAGGAAAGCCAGGCCGCCAGCCACAGCAAGUACAAAACUAAGGUGCGGCGGCUGUAUGACAUCGCCAACGUCCUGACGAGUCUGGGAUUGAUCAAGAAGGUCCACGUCCGGGAGGAGAGGGGGAAGCCUGCGUUCAAAUGGAUCGGCCCGGCAGACUUCCACAGCAGCAUGAUCAGUGUCACAGAAUCACUGACCACUCUGUUUUUCAACAGAGGACUCGGAAGCUGUGGCGGCCAUCGCUCUUCCGGGUGGAGGAAACAGAAGCUGGCACGCCAUGCCUCCUUCAGUGUGGUGCCCACCUCCGUGGCCAGCAAGCCGUGUCAACUCGGCGCCCAGCAGCCACGCAGAGAGGUCACGGGUCUGCUUCCCCAGUCAGUGGACUAUUCCAGAAGGUGUGUGAGCAGCAGCGCGGUGUGCCGGCUGCAGUUUGGAACCACUGUUACAGGUGUCUCCCACCCCAGCGGCGGACUUCAGAGCCCCACCCACAGUGACGGCAACUCCCUGCUCUGCUCCCCGGGCCUAGCCCCCCUGGCCGUGCCCGUCCACCCAGAGGGUUCAUACGUGGGACCCCUGUCCCCACAACCCCCAUUUCCCCCCCAUCCCCACCACAUGGCCUAUCUACCCAGCCUGUCCCAGGCCUCGGUGGUCAUGCUGUACGGAGGUCCGGCGGCGCAGGAUGGGCUUGACUGCUUGACCACGGAAGUUCAAAGGUCACCGGGGUCAGGGUCCAGAGAGAGCAUCCUGGGGAAGAGGAAGAAGGAUGAAGGAGUGGAGGAGAAGAGGGAGUCGCCUGAGACGGAGCUAUCUGAUAGGGCUCCGAGGGAGAAGUCCCCCUACACUCUUAGAAUGCAAAGAGGAGGAGUGUGGAGGGAAACAGCCUGUCAGAUGACCACCAGCCCAAGGACCAGCUCUGGGGCAUCCAGGGGGGUCGUCAGGGAAGAGGCCCCAUUGAGAGUCUCAGCGACGGGGAGGUGGGCAGACGAGCCCCACAACAACCUGGUCCAGCCUUCACACUACCUCUAUGUGCCUAACUCUGCAGGUCUCAACAGUCUCAACUUCCUCCUCUCUGCUGGUCAGACGACAGGCGGCCUGACUCUACCUGCUGGCACCCUGCCUAUGUCCUCGUGUCCUCCUCCACCCUCUCCCCUACCCACUCAUGACCAACAGGGGCGAUGCCAAUCUCAAUUUCAACAUGUCUGCCAUGAUUGUCCCCCGCCUGCUUCGUGGUGGGAUCCGCCGGCCCCUACGCAGUGGCCGAGCCCGGAGUACAAUGGGGUGGCAGUGGCGCCGGCCCUCUCCAGUCCAGAGCAGCACAGGCUGUUCGGGUGUCGGCACCCUACCUCCACAUUCUCCCUUGGAGUCCAGGCGCCUCUGACUUCAUCCAGACAGAGACACAGCUCUGAUGAGUACUCUGUGCCUCGAGAGACUUCUCAGACUCCGAUGGAAUACUGUCACAGUGAUACUCUACUGCAGAGUGAUUAUUCAUCUGGAGUGAGAUGCUCGGCAGAUGCAGUGUUCCUUAAACUGUGUGGUUUCAGGGCCUCACUCUCUUGUCUCCCACAGACACCACAGACUCCCAAGGAGGCGGCAGCUGGCGGUGGCUCAAGGCCUUUUCUUCAGACGCCGGGACCUGGGAACGGCCACCACAACCCCCGUGGCCCGCGACGAGGCUCGCCCCAGAGGAGGCUGGACAUCGGCCAACACUGACCAAUUAGAAGUCUGGGGACCUUUUAGAGUGGGCGUGGCUGUUAGUUUAUAACUGAAAGGCUGCCUAGUGUCCCGAGAGGAAUGGACAAAUGUUUCUCCGGCUAACGUGCUCUGACUGCGCUGGCUCUGGCUUUACUCCCCACUGACUCUCAGGGUUUCUUCUGUAUGACCUGUUGGUUUCAUAACUUGGUGCUUCGCCUUAUUACUAGUGAAUGAAUGCUAGUCUAUACGAUUCCUCCUUUAAGUGCCUCAUCAUGUAGGCGAAGUUGCCCCUAGACUCUGAUUUUGGGCCAGUUUGCAUUUCCCCACUAAUGGUUAAGGUUAGGAUUGGGGGAAGGGAAGCUGAUCUAGGGGAAACUUCACCCUCGAGUUCCUCAUGAUUGGACUGUGGGACACCGAAUACUAUCAGAGGACUCCGGGAAGCAGUGUUGUUCUUUUUGUUUUAGUGCCCUCCUGUGGUGGGAGUUAGGUACCUCAUAUUUAUUUUUCUAGUGUAUCUUCCAUAAAAAGAUUGAGCUACCUUGGUAAUCGCUCCACCCAUUACUUAUUUAUAAUCUCAACGUUAUUUAUAUAUUAACUAAAUAUUCUGUUGACUAUUGGGACUGUUGAGUAGCAAUUCUGAUGAUGUUACUCUACUUUUAGCACUAAGUAUUUAAGAAUAUACGUCUGAUUUUUGAGAGUUUCGCUGGCUCCGUAGGGAUUGGGUAAAAACGGUAUCCGUAGGAAAAGGGAAAACGUUGAUCAUAGGUGAAUGAUAUCUGUGGAGCGGAAAGGUUUCCAUGAAGACACAUUUCAGAAACUGGUGUUGGUAAUAAGUCAUGAUGUGGAAGAGAAAUCGAUACGCUUCUCGGUUGCACUUCUAGCGUGUUACUGACCUGGCUCCAAGAGAGGUUUAAAAACCACUGCUUUUCACUGUGCAAAUAGGUCUUAACUUAACUCAAAAACUAUAUUAUUUUGCUAUGUGUUUCAUUAGUCCAUUGUUUGAUAUAGUCCAAAAAUGUUUUGGGUGGAGUUUUCCUAAGCAGUCACAGCAACAAUUGGUGAGCGUAAGGCCUACAAAAUGGUUGCCAAGGUUUUUGGUACAGAGACUGGCAUCUUGGCCAUCCAAAGGGUUAUGUAUUUUUUACAACUAAUGUGGUUUACAGGUUUCCAAUUGUUGGGCUUUAAGAAUGACCCCAAAUACCAGCAUCGCUCUCUGUCAAUGUGUAUGUGCUUACGCCACCGCAUGCAAGGUGAAACUAAAUGUGAAAUGAUUUGAUGAUGUUACAAGAUACUUGAAUUACUUAGUUAUCCAGUGGUAUACACUGGAGACUAGAGAAAAUAUCAAAGUACUUGUAUUUAAUGCAUUAAAUGACCGUGCAUUAGAGUUUGGCCUGGAAUAUUUUGGGGGGAGUAAUUGAGGAAAAGUUACAUUACACCAAAGGGUGCUGAUCAUCUACUUGAACUGUAGAACACAGGAGGUUGGUGGCACCUUAKUUGGGGAGGACGGGCUCAUGGUAAUGACUGGAGCGGUAUCAAAUACAGCACACAUGGCUUACAUGUGUUUGAUGCCAUUCCAUUUGCUCCGUUCAGGCCGUUAUUAUGAGCCGUCCCCCGUCAGCGGCCUCCACUGCUGUAGAUGUGUUGUUCAUGUACAGAAAUCUUUCUUUUUUUUAACCAGUCAUUAUUUUUGUAUAUUGUAUUCAUAUGUUUUUAAUUAUUACUUCAAAACCUUGAAAUGUUUAAUUUUAAUGCUGCUUCUUAUCAUAAAAUAAUAAUUGCACUGCUAGUUUCUGUAGUUAUCUGUCCGCUGCUUUGUAGGAAACCUUUUCUAACAUUACAACACAGUUAUUUUCACAGUGCUUACUACUAGCUGUGUGUAUGUUAUGGGACAAACAGUUUCUUUCUCUAGACAUCCACAACCUUUGUAAUAAAAAAGUGAAAAUGUCCA